AUGGGAAUAGAUUCUAUAUCAGUGUUUGCGAAUCAAGUAUUCCACGAAGCUGAUCCGAGCAAGGCUGACCUGUGCUCUGUACUCCUUGCUAUGGUCUGGUGUUGCGCCAACUUGCUGAGUGGAGUAUUGUCUGACAGAAUUGGGAGACGACCACUGUUGAUAGGAUCUUCAUACCUGGUAGCAGCCUGCCUGGUAACUCUUGGGGUGCUGCUCCAAACGAGGAUAGCUCCAGCGUGGGUGACCGCUACCUGCAUCAUGCUGUACUGUUUCUUCUUCAUGCUCGGCGCUGGGACGGUGCCGUAUAUGCUUUUAGCCGAGGUCUUCAAUCCUAAGGUCCAAACAUUAGCAUCUAUGUUGAUCACCGAGUGGAUCUGGCUGGUCGGCUUCGUCAUCCUGGCCGUCUUCAACUGGCUCAACCGGCUCAUCGGCAUCCACGCCACGUUCUACAUCUUCGCCUUUAACGCCCUCUUCAAUGCUACCUUCAGUUACUUCUUGGUGCCUGAGACGAAGGGCCUGUCUAAUAAAGAAAUACAAGUGGCCCUUCUUAAAGGGCGAAGAAAAUAGUUUUGAGGACAAUGUCUUGAAUAAAAUUAUGUGAUAAGCAAAAUAAAUUAUUUUUAAAAGUGGUGUUUACUCAACCAAACAAAAG